AUGACAGAACAACAAUUCAAUUUUAAUGAGAAUGAGGAUGAUCACAAAUAGAACUAGUAGUUUGUUUUCCAUUUUUUGUUCCCUCCUUUGUUUGUUAAUCAUAUCUACUCAAAGCUGCUGCUACGCACAAGAAGAUGGUUUCCGAUCGUACUCCUGUGACAACGGAAAAGGAAACUACACAGCAAACAGCACCUACCACAAAAACCUCAACACCCUUCUCUCCACUCUCAUUUCCAACACUCAAAUCGACUACGGUUACUACAACUUCUCGUACGGCCAAGACGACAACAAAGUAAACGCCGUUGGGCUUUGCCAAGGAGACCUUAACCAAAACGAUUGUCGUCGAUGCCUCAACAAUUCCAUAACCCUUCUCACACAGCUUUGUCCAAACCAGAAGGAAGCCAUAGGCUGGUACGACACCUGCAUGCUCCGCUACUCUAACCGCACCAUCUUCGGCAACCACCACGUCGAUGAUUACCCUAAGAUUUACCUGUGGAACCCCCAGAACGCCACGGACUUGCCCGUGUUUAAUCAAAACCUCAAGAGCUUGAUGUCAAACCUAAUAGACAAGGCCAUUGCCGGCGACUCUCGCCAGAAAUACGCGGCGGCGAGCGUCAACAGUACGGGCUUUCAAAACAUAUAUGGAGUUGCGCAGUGCACGCCGGAUCUGUCUAGCCUAGAGUGUGAUCAAUGCUUGGAGGGGCAUGUCUCAGAUAUUCCGGCUUGUUGUGAUGGGAAGAGAGGUGGGAGGGUUCUCACUCCAAGUUGUUACAUUAGAUAUGAAGUUUACCCCUUCUUUCAGCCUACUACCGCUCAUAAUGCACCGCCUCCGUCAUCGUUGUCGCCGCCACCGCAUUCCUCCUCCACCCCUACUUCCUCUUCGGAUGGUCAAGGUCAAGGAAAGACCAACACAUUGCGAAUUGUCAUCUUCGUAGCAGUGCCAACUGUUACUGUUUCCGUGCUCAUCGGUUCUAUAUGCAUCUAUUUAUUAAGAGUAAGAAAGCCAAGGAGGACUUCUGAAAGCAAUUCAUCUGAUGAAGGUGUUGAACAAGAGAUUAUAACCAAUGAGUCAUUGCAAUUUGACUUUGAUACCAUACGAGUUGCUACAGAUGAUUUCUCGAAUUCUAAUAAACUAGGACAAGGUGGAUUUGGAGCUGUUUAUAAGGGGAGACUCUCCAAUGGACAAAUGAUUGCUGUCAAAAGGUUGUCAAGGGACUCAGGACAAGGAGCUACGGAAUUUAAGAAUGAAGUGCUUUUAUUGGUCAAGCUUCAACAUCGAAAUUUAGUUAAACUUCUUGGUUUUUGUUUGGAAGGAACUGAAAGAUUACUUGUUUAUGAAUUCGUCCCUAACAAAAGUCUUGAUUACUUCAUAUUUGAUCCUAUCAAGAGAAAUCAACUGAAUUGGGUAAGCCGAUAUAAAAUCAUUGAAGGUGUUGCUCGAGCUCUUCUUUAUCUUCACGAAGAUUCUAGAUUGCGCAUUAUACAUCGGGAUCUUAAAGCAAGUAAUAUCCUCCUAGAUGAUAACAUGAAUCCUAAGAUAGCAGAUUUUGGAUUGGCAAGAUUGUUUGACAGAGAUCAAACUCAAGGAAAUACUAAUCAAAUUGCCGGAACCUAUGGAUAUAUGGCACCCGAAUAUGCAAUGUAUGGACAAUUUUCAACGAAGUCAGAUGUAUUUAGUUUUGGUGUAAUAGUGCUUGAAAUUUUGAGUGGCAAAAGACACAUUGGGAAUGGCAAUGGGGAGAGUGAAGAACAGCUAAUAAGCUUUGUAUGGAAAAAUUGGAGGGAAGGAACAGCUAUAAAUAUUGCAGAUCCAUCAUUAAGCAACAUUUCACCAAAUGAAAUUAUGAGAUGCGUCCACAUUGGUUUACUUUGUGUUCAAGAAAAUUUAGCAGAUAGGCCAAACAUGGGUUCUAUUGUAUUAAUGCUGAAUAGUUAUUCUGUGACUCUGCCAACACCUUCAGAACCUGCAUUUUUUGUGGGGAGUAGAACUAGAAGCCGUCCAUUAUCAGAUAUACAAUCAGGGGGGAAUAAUUCAUCAAGUAAUAAAUCAGCUCAAGAAUCAGAAAAUGAAGCUUCCAUUACUGAGCUAUAUCCUCGCUAAAAUUUGGUUCUGGUAUCGAAGUCAUUGAUGUUGAGAAUUUUAUUUUUCUGUUACAUUUAUGGUGUAUGUGUAUACAUGCAGGAUCAGCAAGCUUUGGAAAAGCAUAAUUUCCAUUUUUAAUUUUACUAAUUUAAGUGUGAAA